AGCAACAGUAAAUUGGAUAAAUGAUAUUUAUUAUUUAUAGUUUUUCGAAUGCGGAUGUAUAAAAACCAUAGUGUUUAUGAUAUAAUGUGAUUAAUACAAAAACUGCAAGAGACUAGAUCAUUUAUCAAACACAAACAAACAUGGAUUUUGAUAAAAUAUGUCGUAUUUGCCUCGAUUCGGAUCAAAAAGAAAAAUACGACAUUUACGAAAAUAUUUACGCUAAAACGAAUACUUUAUACGUUGAAAUGCUUUUAAAUUGUACAAAACUUAAUCCAUGUAAAGAUGAUGGAUUACCCAAUUUAAUCUGCAAAGACUGUACUAGACAGCUUAAACGCGCAUAUACAUUCAAUAUACAAUGUGAAGAAAGUGAUAAGAAAUUAAGAUCACAUAUGAAACAUAAACAAAUUAUAAAUGGAUGGAAAGAAGUCACUGACGACUGUAAUAUCAAGGUUGAGGAUUUAAACGAGAAGACUAUUAAUGGUGAUGUUGUCAAUGGAUUACAAAAUACAGUCAAAACUGUAGAAGAUCUGAUAAAAACCAAUGAUGGAAUUAAACUUGAACCAGAGUACAAAUUAGAAGAUGAAGACAGUUGUUGGGAUGCUGAUGAUGAUAAUCUGCUCCUCAAAGAAAUCAAGUCUAAAAGAGAAUCUAUAGAUAAUGAAAGUAUAACAGAUGAUAGAAAUGUACCGGAGAGUAAAUUACCUCACCAGUGUGAAGUUUGUGGCAAAUUCCUAAGUACAAAGAGUAACCUAAAAGCGCAUAAAAUCUGUCACAGUGAUUUGCGACCUUAUAAAUGUGACAAGUGUCCAUCUGCAUUUAGAGGUCACAGCACACUAAAUCAGCACAAGAAACUCCACACAGGAGAGACACCGUACCACUGUGAAUACUGCCCAAAGAAAUUCAGUCGUCGCACCGGACUUGUUAAUCAUAUACGUAUGCACACUGGCGAGAAACUUUAUAGUUGUGAUAUAUGCUUCAAGAGUUUUGUUCAAAGUGCACAAUUAUCUAUACACAUGAAGAGGCACAAAGGUGACAAGCCAUAUCUAUGCCAGGACUGUGGAAAAGGUUUUCCAAUUAAAGCUGAUUUGAAGGUACAUCAAAGGAUACAUAAUGGUGAAAAGCCAUAUUCAUGUCAUAUGUGUGAAAAAACAUUUGCUACAUCGGGAAAUCUUUCAAUACAUGUAAGGAUUCAUAACAAGGAAGUUAGAUACAAAUGUAAAGAAUGUCAACGAGGUUUUGUCACAUGCAGCGCUUACAAUGUACAUUUAAAGCGACACAAAGGUCAAAGAGAUUAUCAUUGUGAAUGCGGCAAAACAUUUUACACGUCUUCGGCGUUAAAACAACAUAAAGUUGUUCAUACGGGUGAAAAGAAUUACAAAUGCAAAAUAUGCGAUAGGAAAUUUUCACAAUCCAGUCAUUUAGGUAGACAUUUUAAACGUGAUCAUGCAAAACAAAUACCCGUGCCAUCGUCUAAUUAUUAUAAAUUAAUUGUUAUGCCUGAAGCAAAUAAACAAACUUUCGACGUAUUUAACCAACAAAUGGCGCCAAAUGAAAAUGUCAAAUGUGAAGGAUCAUAGUGUUGACAUGUAGACAUUUAUACUAAAAUAAAAUUAGUUAAAAAUAUUUUUAAUAGUGAUCUACAAUGUGAAAGCAAUUA